AUGUCGUCGAAGCUCAGGAUAUUGGUCCCCGUCAAGCGUGUCAUUGAUUAUGCUGUCAAGCCCCGCGUAAAAUCCGACCGCACGGGCGUCGAGACCUCCGGCGUGAAACACUCGCUCAAUCCCUUUGACGAGCUCUCGAUCGAGGAAGCCGUGCGGCUGCGCGAACGCAAACAGCCCGUCGAAGACAUCCUGGCCGUGAGCGCCGGGCCUGCGAAAUGCGCCGACACGCUGCGGACGGCCAUGGCCAUGGGCGCAGACAGAAGCAUCCACGUCGACGUUCCCGAAGAUAAACCCCUCGAGCCCCUGGGCGUGGCGAAGCUGCUCAAGGCCAUCGCCGAGAAGGAACAAAGCAACCUGAUCAUCCUGGGCAAACAGGCCAUCGACGACGACGCGGGCCAGACGGGCCAAAUGCUUGCAGGUUUACUGAACUGGCCCCAGGCCACGCAGGCGUCCAAGGUAUCGAUCGACAAUGACACGGUGACGGUCGAGCGCGAGGUCGACGGCGGCGUAGAGACCCUGCGGGCAAAACUGCCCAUGGUCAUCACGACGGAUCUGCGGUUGAACGAGCCCCGCUACGCCAGUCUGCCCAACAUCAUGAAGGCCAAGAAGAAGAAGCUGGAGAAGAAGACCCUCGGCGACUACGGCGUCGACGCCACCAGCAGACUCAAGACCGUCAAGGUCGAGGAGCCCCCCGUCCGGCAGGGUGGCGGGAAGGUCGAGGAUGUGGACGGUAUGAUCAGCAAGCUGAAAGAAUUGGGUGCCCUUUAA